CUUUUUUUUUUUAAACCAAAACACAAAACAAACACUUAUUUCUCCACUAAAAAUCGAUUAAUUUAAUAAUCAAUUAAAUUGUACACUCAACCAAAAAGAAAACUAGAACUGUUGACUUAAUUUUUUUAUAUAUGGUGUCUAUGUGUGCACAUUGGAACUUUUUUUUAUUUAUUAAUAUAAAAUUUCUAUUUUUCAACAAAUAUUCAAACAUGAUAUUAGAGCCAAUUUAGUUUUUUUUUUUUUUUUUGCUCAAUGUGUCGUCAUCUCGUUUUCAUUGUCAAAUGCCACAUCGCCGGCACCACCGCCUUCGCCUCCUCGAGACCGGCCGGCUCCUGAAAUUUGGUCGCCAUCACCGGCGCGUCGCACCUCCAUGCGCCGGCGAUGCAAAUCAGCGUCAGAGGCCUUUACGCUGUCGUCUCUUCCCCCCGCACGUGACGGCGCGCCUGGUGGCUUCCGGCCACCGCCUCCUGCUUCGAUCCCCGACGUCCUGGUUCAGGACACGUGGACGGGUCGCAUGACAGACACCUAUUUGAGCUUGACCACCUUCACCCUCGCUAGACACUAUCUUUUUCCGCUGCAGUUUCUCUUUCUUCUUCCUAUCACUAGCACCACAGACUUGGUCAUGUCUCUCUAUCUAAACUCAAGUCUCUUUCAAAUACAGAAACCAAUGGCUGGAACUACAAAUCCGAAUCAAGAGGGAGUUGACUGUGACAAUGACUCUUCAUCAAAUGAAAAUUUAAUCGUAGAAGCUGAUAAUACACUGGGGACGCUGCUCCCAGAAAUGCAGAGGAAUAUAAUGUCUCUACUCCCUACAACAGAUGCGGCAAAAGUGGGAUUAAUGUCCAAAUCUUUGAGGCAAGCAUGGCUUUCAGUUCCUAUCCUCAUUUUCGACUAUUCUAGUGAAACACAGAGGAUGAAGGAUUGUUAUGAAGAGUUCAUCAAUAACACACUUGCUCGCCACGACGACUCACACGUUAAAAUCUUUGAAAUCCGUCUUUGGCCCAUCCAGCGUUGUCGCAUCCCUAUUAGGAAUGAGUGGAUUGGAUUUGCCGCGGGGCAUCAUUCCAGAACUCUUGUCCUUUAUGGAAUCAUGACUAAAGACGAAAUUCGUAUGCUUCCCAAGUCCAUAUUUUCAUGCGAACAUCUUGUUAACUUAGAAGUGGCAGUAAUGGAUCUUGUGCUGACUUGGCCUGACAAAUCCAAACUCCCCAACCUCAGGAAGUUAAACGUGAAAUUUGCUGACAUUCCCGCGUCAUUUAUGGAUCAGCUAUCGUCAACCUUUCCUGCACUGAUAAAGCUGUCUAUGAUCUUCUGCAAUAUUAUCUUUACCGGAGUUAUCUCUGUUUCUUCAACUGGAUUAACAGAACUCAUAAUGUGCGAUUGCCUUGAGAUGGAUAAAUGCUCGGUUGUGCUUCAGAAUGUUCCCAACCUUGCUGCAUUUACGUAUAUACACAGUAACUCAGAAAGAAAGGAGUUGGUCGUGCCUUCUACGGCCGUUCAGUUGGUUAUCAACGGCAAUAAUUCUUAUGUGCAUGCUCAAACGCUCAAUGAUUUGAGUCGAGCAGUGAUUAAAGUCACAAAGAAGCUUUUAUGCAGCGGUUUUCAUCCACUGAAAGCAUGGCUCGUCGAGCAUCUUGCCAUGUUUCGAAAUCUUCAAGGACUAUUGUUUUUACCUAAGUUGGUGGUUUUGGAGAUAUGUAUGUGGCCAGUGACAGAGCAUGUUCGAGUGCUGAUGCAGCUCAUUAGCCAAUGUCCGAAUAUCUCCAGAUUGCAUGUUCUUAUUGAGAGACCGGCACAAAGAGAAGAUGCGGAGGUGGGCAAUGGUGAUCAAGUCUUUCUGAAUUGUAAACGCGAUGGAUUUUUUCAGAACUUAGAACGUGUCCUUAUUGAUGAUUUUAAGGGAGAUGAAGCAGAUAUGCUUCUUGCAAGGUGUUUGCUUGCAAACUCUCCUACAUUGCGUGACCUUAUGAUUUCAGUGAAUCGUCUUUCUGAGAUGGUUUCGACGUGGAUGAGCAUUCUUCAGUUCGAGAGUGCUUCUCAGGAAAUCGUUGUAUGCUUAACCGGGUGGUGA